CGGCCGCUGCGCUGCGGUUCCCCAGGCUAACAGCCGUUGCCGGCCGCUGCGCUGCGGUUCCCCAGGCUAACAGCUACUACUAGCUGAGAGCUGACUGAUCACAAACACCUUUGCUUGGCUCCGUCUGACGGACCGUCUGCCUGCGGUCGAUGAUUGGCGGGGCGGGGCGGCAGCGGCAGCGGCAUGACGGUGCGGUGGCGCGGCCGCGACGCAGGUUUGAAGUCGCUGGUGGCGAGGAGGAGGGAGGGGAGGCCACCACGGCGAGCGCGGGGUGCAUGUGCCGGUCGUGCGCGGCGGUGGCGGUGGCGGACUGCGUCGCGCUGGCGUGCUGCCCCUGCGCGGUGGUCAGCCUGCUCGGCCUCGCGCUCGUCAGGGCGCCCCUUGCCGUCGGCAGGCUGUUGAUCAGGGCCAGGCGGAGGCGGCGCGCGCUGCUGCGCGGCAAGCGGGUGCGCUACGUGGCCGCCCCCGCCGCCCCGGCGCCGAGCGACAACGGCGGCAUCCACGACAAGGUCGCCGAGAAGGUGGAAGGCAUCCGCGGCGGCGUGGAUACGACGUCAACGACGGCGGACGGCGAGCUGGGAGGCGUCGAUGAUCACGAGGCGGAGCUGGCGUGGCUGGAGGAGAUGUACCGGACGGGGCGCUGGGGCUUCGGCCGCGUCUCCUUCUCGGCCAAAACCCCGUGAGCCGCGCGCGCGCGCCGCCCGAUCCAGCGCCUGCAUGCCAGCCGGCACGGCGGCGGGUCAACCUCGGAGUAGUUAGCAGUACUGGUAGUUCAGUGUGUACGGUCUGCCCGGUGCACGCACCGCGCCGGCGUGGACAGGGAUGCGCGUCGCGAUUUUUUCUCGCGCACGUUCGAAUCUCGAUUUAUUCAGAGCUGAUUAGAAUUGACAUGUUAUCUUCAUUUGCCUACUCCUAAGUAAAGCGUGCGAAUCUGAACUGCGAGCACGUGUUGGCUUCGUUUGUCAUGGAAUCCACAUCAUGUUCCCUAUCUAUACUUCUUACAUCUUCCUUUGGCAUUUUGCCUAUCUAUACUUCUUACAUCUUCU